GGGGGGCUCGCCCUACUCCCGCCGAGCGCAGCCGCCGCGGCGGGGUCCCUCGGCCCGACGUGCCGCACCAUGGGCAGCCAGGGCUCCAAGGCGGCCAAGGCGGACGGGAACGCCGCCGACACCGAGCCCGCCAAGGCCAACGGGCAGGAGAAUGGCCACCUGAGGCUCAAUGGGGACAUGACCCCCAAGGUGGGGGCCCAGGCUGUGCCCCUGAACGGGAACGGCUCAGCUGAACCCCUCAAAGAGGAGAACAAGGAGGAGCAGGAUGGUGGAGACACCAUCGAGCCUGCUCCCCCUGCCGAAGGGGGGGAUGCUAAACCUGAAGGUGCUGCGGCCCCCAAGGACACCCCCAAGAAGAAGAAGAAGUUCUCCUUCAAGAAAUCCUUCAAGCUGAGCGGGAUCUCGUUCAGGAAGAACAAGAAAGAAGCUGGGGACUCCUCCGGCUCCUCUCCCACGGAGGACCAAGGCAAGGCGGAGGCCAAGGGCGAGGAGAACCCCACUUGCUCGGGCGGGGGGACGGAGCCGUCGGCUCCCCCCGAGGAGGGGACGGCGGAGGAGCAGCCUGGCAAGCCCGAGGAGAGCCCCGCGGGUGGGCAGCAGGGAGCCGAGCCCGUGAGGGAGGAUGCUGAAGCGAAGGGAAGCGAGGAGCAGCAGCAGCAGGCAGGGGAGAGCCACGGGGACACAGCCACACCGCAGCAGCUCUCCAAACCCGCCCAGCCUGAGCCUACAGCAGCUCCAGCGGAGCAGAAGGAAGAGUAGAGCCCACUUGGCGUUGUCCUGACUUAAGACUCUUACUCCAUCCUCUCCAUCCUGGUUAACACCACGGACUCCACACGCCCCACACACACACACUCCCCCCUCCUUGCCCCCGCCUAGAACUGACAACACUUUCUAAACCCAACACCCCCUCCCCCCCCCCCCCCGAGCUCUUUCCCUUCCCUUCCCUCCUUAGAAAGCUGGUUUGGAUUCCUACCACCACCCACCUGGGAGCAGCUCGACCUGAAACCCUUUCCAACUGUGGAGGAGAGACUAUCCUGGACCUAACUGGAACUUACAGUUUGUGACACCCCAGCCCUGCCACCCCCACCCACCCCACCCCCAACUCUCUGGCUGGUCUCUUGGCUGACCCCCACUCAAAGCCCAACGAGUCAGGGACUUUUUUUUUCUUUUUCAGUGGAUUCCUCCUUUUUUUCUCCCCCCCCCCCUCCCCUCCCCCCUUUCCUUUCUUCCCCUCCCCCUCUCUGUUUACAUUCCUGGUUCUGACUUCAUUUAAAGUAUUUUGUGCUUUUUA